AUGAACUGCUGUAAAUGUUCUAUUUCCAGAAUGCCGCUGUUUGGUAAGAAAAAGUUCGACGAGAAGAUCACGAAGAAAUAUGUGUUUCACGAAGUUCUGGGGACGUAAGUAUAACCACAAAAGCAUGGCAGAUAGUGUGUAAAAUAAGAUUUGAGCAAAGUGUAAAGUUCCAUUCAAGUCUGCGAUUAGACGUGCUAAAAGUGAUGUCAACUGGUUUCCUCUCCUGAGCGGUUGAUACUUGAGGUGAAACCUUUAUGUUUUAAAACAUAAACAAUUCUGACCGACUUGACUGUUGCUCAUUUUCACAGGGGAGCUUUCUCCGAAGUUGUUAUGGCCGAAGACAAGACAACUAGCCAAUUAUAUGCUGUUAAAUGCAUCAACAAGCGGAAUCUUUCCGGCAAAGAAGAUGCAAUCGAAAACGAAAUCGCUAUCUUAAAGAAGUGAGUCAUUACUAGAAAUAAUAACCGGUCCAUGUUCAUUUACAUCGCGACUGCAUGCUUUGCCUAGCCAGUCAUAAAAUAUUUCUACACGCACGACAGUGCGACGUUUCGAACGUUUGCCGUGUAUUUUAAUUAAGAUCAUUCGUUCUUUGAGCAAUCGGAUCAUUACUUACUUUUGUCUGUGUAUUUAUUCUACCAACAGGGUCGACCAUCCCAACAUUAUCCGACUGUGGGAAAUAUUCGACAACAAAACCCACCUGUAUUUAGUAAUGGAUUUGUAAGUAGCUCAAGCAUUUUUAAACUCAGUUCUCACAUACGCCAUGUUAAUGGCUUUGUUCAAAUCUUGAUUAAAAUUUAAUCAAACUUCUAGAGGCCAAACAGCGAGUGCUGUUUGAUAAUAAUUAUCUCGCUGCAGCUUGCCCUUUGAAUUUGAUAAACGCUCGGGUGGUGAUCUGUCAAAAAAUUCUAGCGAUCUGUUCGACCUUAAUUUGCUACAUAUUACUCGGGUUUAGUAUGCCUCUUCUUAAUUUUCUUCCAAUUCCAAAUUUCAAUUCCCUUACUUAUUUGCUCAAGGGUGAUGAAUUCAUUUGUCGUGAUCAAGCAAUAAUUUGAUGUUUUACAGACGAUGUGGGCUUGAAGGUGUUAGCUGUAUCACGCUGUUUGAUAUUCAUAACACGAAAACAUUUCCUGGUCGAUCUUGCACUUGUAAAAUACUCUUGAAGCAAUUAACGUCCGCGGGAGUUCUUCCACGAGAAUAAAUUUACAAUUUCGAACGUGCGUUUUCCUUAAUUUGAAAAUUGCGUACGGCGAGACUAUAGCUCCAAUUCACGCUUUUUUGUUUCUCUUUUAACAUUGUUUUCCUUAUUUUAGAAGGGAAUUAUUUUCGAUCCCAAGGGGUUAUCACUAAUAGCUAGUUAAUUUCCGCUGAUCGUUUGAGUCAAAGGCAAGCUGACGUUCUGGAAAUAUAAUGUAAACAAAAGAGAACAUUGUCAUUCCAAAGUCUAGCCCUAAAGUCGCGAUUUAAUCCCAAGCAACUCAACAUUUCUAGUCAAAAAAAUUAAAGAUUUGUAGUUUUCUUUGUUAAAAAAUAUGCUAAAUAAACAACAGUCUUCGAAAGUAAUUAAUCAUAUUUGAUAGGUUUCAUGUUUAUUGCAACAAAAUUUGAAGACUGCCAGAUUUAUUCCAACUUCACAACCAGAAGCUAAGGGAAAAGUAAUCUAGGAUUUACUGGGGGUCAAUAAAUGUGUCAAUCCAGUCACAGACCGAAAACUACUGUUAAUGGCGCGACCGUGAUCGUGUCGAGUUCUUGGCGGUUUAAAAUAAAAUAUGCAUGCUGCCUCUUGGAUUUUGGAAACCAAAGGCUCAGACCCUCUUGUUAUCUUCAACUAAAACAAACUAGCGGGUUAAUUUCACAUUUAAAGCAUGUAGAUGAUUAUUUUGGCGCUGUGUGAUAAAGACUUGAACUCUGCAUCUCUCAUAAUUUCACUUUUAAUCUUCUAUGCCAAAAAUUGAACUUUAGUGUGAGUUCGUACGUGCGCGCGCGUGGGCGAAACGCUGAACGUCAUGUGGAAAAAAAAUCCUUGUAUAGAGAAGCAAAUGCUGAACGAUGUCAUCCGAGUUAGAAGCAGUGUUUUUGAUUGAAUAUAAAAUUUUAAGGCUCUUUCUAGAUAAAAUGGUAUAAACUGUAUAAUUAUUAAUUUUUUUCUUUUUAUAACUGAAAUUUUAAUAUUUCAAGAAGUCAAAUAUUGAUAUCUGUUUCUUAGUAAUUGUUUGUUUCUUUACAUGACAUGGCAAGCAUGGGGCAUUCUGAAACUAAGAAUGAUGAUGACGUGCUGUAGGCAGGUGCUCUGAAGUUGCUCUGAACAGUUUCAAAUUUUGCUACAUGUAAACCGUAUUAUCAGCACAGAUAUUCUCUGUACUCUCCUUCCUAUGUAUUUCUUAUGCAUGGUAAAGGUUAUCGGAGAAUUUGCAUAACUAUCAACAUGUUCCUUUAUGCUUAGUGAUUUAUUCCAAUUAUUAUGAUACAAUAAUGAUGAUGAUGAUGACUAAAAUGCUGCGGGGGGGGGGGGGGGGGGGGGGGGGGGAGGAGGGUGGGCCCCAUGGUCCUACCCCCAAAACCACCCAGGGUUAAUUGCCAUCAUCAUUAUUUGUUGCAUAAUUUAACUCAGUAAUUAUUAACAAUUAUUCCUUGAGCCCGAAUGAGCUCUGAGACAAUAGCCCAUGAGGCCGAAGGCCAAAUGGGCUCUUCACUAAGAGGCCAUGAGGGCCAGAGGAAUAAUUGUUUUAGUAAAAUCCAACUAGUUGGUCAAAAAUAUCGAGAAAAAAAAAAUUAGCUAGUUAAAGCUAGAUUUUAAUCCUUUUUUGCCGCCAAAAAGCCUGCGCUUUUUGCUACUAGUGGGCUAUAACAUAUAGCCUUGUAGUAGCUCAACCAAUCAGAACCCAGCAUUGAUAAUAGACCACUAGUUGGAUUUCACUAAUCAGAGAUAGGCCCCGUGUCUAACAUCCCAUAAUUUCAUUUCAGGGUAAAAGGUGGAGAAUUGUUUGACAGAAUAGUAGAGAAAGGAAACUACACAGAGAAGGAUGCCAGUGACCUCAUAAGACAAAUUCUUUCAGCUGUAGAUUAUUUACAUGAUAAAGGCAUAGUGCACAGAGAUUUAAAGGUGACGUAUAAUUUACUACACAGCUAUCUAAAAAUUAAUAGUUUCAAAUUAUUUGCAUUCUAUGUUAUAUCAUAUAUUGCUUUAAGUAACAUUUUGAAAGGUCUUAGCCACUUUAAAUGAUAUUGUCGAGAAAGGAAAUCUAUGAUACAGGCCAUCUUUUUUGCUUAAAAUGUGAAAUUUGACAAUGGCAUAUGCCCUACUCCCAUGCAGACCUUUGAUGACAAAUGUCUCAUGGUAGGAACUUACAAACUCACAAGGCAACCUGGCAUGUUCAUCCCCCCUGACCAGGGGAAUGAACACGCUUGUUAUUAACUGAGCUAAAAGUAAGUAAAUCAUUGUUCCAUAGCUGAACAGCUGUUACUAUUGAAUCUUCAAGAUAAUCUAUUAUAUUUAUUUUAUGGAUCAAUCUUAGUCCCACAUUAAAAAAGAAUUGCCAGUGUUUAUACUUACAGAGUUUUAUCAGCUGUUAUUAGUUAAUCCAGAACUUAUUUUGCUUUAUAUCUUUCAGCCUGAAAACCUCCUUUAUUACAGGUAAUUUAUAUUUUCAAGCUUUUUCUUUUUCAACCGUUAAAAUCCCAAUCUAAACAUUUUGCGCUUAAUAUUGCCUCUCUUAGCAGGUAAUUUAUUGUGUACUAAGAGACAAUGACUUCUUGCAUAAAUGGUGCCUUUUUACUAAUUUACUGUUUCAGCCCAGAUGAGGAUUCAAAAAUAAUGAUUAGCGAUUUUGGAUUGUCAAAAACAGAAGAUGAUGAUAGUAUGAUGGCUACAGCCUGUGGAACACCAGGAUACGUUGGUAAGUUAAUUCAUGUUUUAAAUAAAUCAUUGUAAGGGUAAUCUAAGGGAUAACCUGUGGAUGACUUUUGUCCCUGAUUUUAAAUUGAAAUAAGUUUUGGAAUUAUGUCAGUUUUUUGGAAGUAGUACUAUAAUUUUGAAGAACCAAGGAAAACAAUGUGAGGGUGAGAAUAGAAUGAGUUUCAUGGAUUUGUUAUUUGCACACCUUCUCGCACUUUGUUUGCCCCCCAAAUUUUGUGCAAGAAUAAAAUAUCGUUUUCUAUUUCUCUUGGGAUGACUCCUGCAUGAGCCAGACAGGUACAACGAACAGUCUAGUUUGCAGGUAAAUUCCUCUGUAUAAGAAGAUCAUGAAAGCAGCAUGAUAGAUGCUGGCCUCUGAUUGGGCAAAAAAAAAUCAGAGAGAACCAUUUAGAUGAUUCAUGGAGCUGGUUUGUUCAGAGUAGUAUCCCAGGGGCUCUCUCACCCGUUAUUGAAAACUUUCCCCGCUGUUUUUCCCGACCCAACUGACCGCCCCAAGGAUAACUCUAAGGUAAAGUUCAGUUUUUAAAAGAUGAUUUGCUUCUCAUGUAGCUGGAAUUGGCACACGUGAAUUUUACGUUAUAUAAUAUGGGUACAUUAUAUACAGAUCACACCAGGAAUACUAUACCAACAAGGGCAAAAAUUGAGGCCCUCAAAAACCAUACCCUUUCGGGCAGCACAUACCUCCCUAUCUAGCCCUUAUAUGGGAUUACCUCCCCCGGAAUUGUGGGCUUCUUUUAUAAAACUUUAUCAUUCAACUCUGUCCUUCAAUUGCUCACGGAUGUAGCUAUAUUUUUGUGUUUCAUUCAUAUUUUCAGCACCAGAAGUCUUAAGACAAAAACCUUAUGGGAAGGCCGUGGACUGUUGGGCACUUGGAGUAAUCUGUUACAUUUUGUAAGUUUGAUAGUGUUUUUUGAAGGCAAUUACAAUUUUUAUCUUCUUGCUGUUUUCCUUUUGUCUCUUAUGUGCUGUAUAAGGAGAAUUUGAUCAGUAAUCAAGAUCUUAUGUCACAUUUCAUUGAUCCCUUUACUUUUAACGAUAAACCAGUGACAGCUAUGAGCAAAACUACAUUUCUUAUUUUAGAAUUCUCGUCAUUUUAUGAAAGCUGGACACACAGCACAUUUAAGUUUCAACAUUGUAAACCCUUUAUUUUUACUUAUAUAUUUAUUUUGCAAGAUGAUAUUAGAGCUUAGAAAAUUGGAAGUAAACUUCAAUUACCAGUGAAUUGUUUUCUCACUUGUUUUCACAAUAUUAAUUGAUGGUAAUCUAUUGUUAAGCUUAACAUUAAUUUAGCUUAAGUCUUUAAAGGUUUAUAUCAAAUUACUUCUUAACUAUUUUUUAUCUUAAAGACUCUGUGGAUAUCCCCCGUUCUAUGAUGAAAGCGAUGCAAAUUUGUUUGCACAAAUCAUGAGAGGGGAGUAUGAAUUUGAUUCACCGUACUGGUAAGUUUUUUUUGUUAAUUGAAAUCGUGGAGUGAAUCAGUGUUGAACUGGUUAACACUCUGAGAUUUUGCUUUCCUAUCCUUUGCCCCGCAUGAUUUUGCCAAAUGCUUUUGAAUAAAUAAUUCAUCGGGUUAAGAGGAUUCUGUAAAAGAAAACAGACCAUGCGUGCUUCUUCAGGAUUCAAAAUCAGUAGAAAAUAUUCGGUUACUCUGGUGAAAAACAGAUUUUCGUGACCAAGACCAUACAAAUCACCCAUCAAAUGCCAUCAAGAAUUAACACUUCUUUUUCGGUGCAACGGAAGUAUUUCGCUUACUGGAUAUCAAGUACAGUUAAUCAUGUUAAGGCUCCUAUGAAUUAUUUCUCCGUAAAGUAAUGUUCAAGUUUAUCACGUGUGUUGCGACUCAAACUAGAAAUAUGUUUAUUCAUAUGAUGUCUUUCCUGCGCUGUCAUCACUAUGUAACUAUUUUUACCGUUUUUUAAGAUAUACACUUACCGAUGCUUGCUUUUAUGGUCUUUAACGCAUCCAACCGUUUAAGAAGCUUCGGUCCCUGCAUGAAAACACAGACUGAAAACAUAAACCGUCAAACUGUUUAAAGAGCUUCGGUCCCUGCAUGAAAACACAGACGAAAGCAAAAAAGCUUAUAGCGGCUGGAAUGAUCUCAGACGAUAAGCUCAUGUCUCUCCUUGUUAUAAAUAAUCCACAAACUAUUUGAAUGUCUAACCUUUAACUUAACAUAAUAAGCUUAACUAUAUAAAUCUAACUUACCGUGUUAUGAUUAAAAGGAAGCCAUUCCUGAAAAAUGGUGCAACCCACAAUGCACUUUGCUUUUUGUCCACACCCACUUCAUGUAGUUCUGAGUCACAAAACUGAUCUCUUCUUUCUUUUUUAUUAAAUUUUUUUCGUAGGGACGAUAUCUCGGAAUCGGGUAAGUAUUAAAGCUCUCUUUUCGGACGUGCUAAAUUGCAACCGCCGUAAAAAAUGUUGGUAUUAAAGGCUUGUUUAUAAUGGAAAGUGCACUUUGCUUAUCCAGCUAGUUUACACGCACUCCCCUCAAAUACUUCGAAACAAAAAAAAUAAUUUAAAUACAACAUAACAGGAUUAAAAACCACAACUGGCAGGAGGCAACCAGUUGGCUAUUUACAAGCGUGGCCGAGGAUUUGAACUCGAGAAUACCGAGAACAAAUAAGCGGGACUCGAACCUGGGACCGCCGGAUUGCGAGUCCGACUCGCUGACCACUCGGCCACUCCGUCUGCCUCCAAUGACUUCACAAAGUCAUUUUUGACUGUGGCGUUUUGACAAGACAUCACCGAAUUUGACAUCGGUUAACCUACUCAUUACUGAUAAUCUAAAAGAAAUUCAUUGAGAACAAAAGUGUAGUUUUAACAUAUUUUAGCAAUAAACGGAAUUAUAAGCCUUUUAAUACUUCCGCUGUUUAGAAUUUGUUUUCUUACCGGCGCUUGUCUUUGCGUGGUCUUUUCCGUUAGUAAAUUAUGUGCGUUUUACUGGUCAUUUCAGCACAACAUUUUAUCACGUGUCUACUACAAGUCGACCCCAAGAAACGCUACAACUGCAAACAGGCAUUGGAUCACCCAUGGUACGCCAUGUUUAUCUUGUUUAUUUUACACGAAUAGUUUUUCUUCCAGUGUUCUCCGGUUCCCUUGAAAAUUUAACACGGCUGAUAGACUACUAAUCAAUAGAGCCUAUAGUAACCCAGACUUAUACCCCUGGGAAAACUCCCUUAUGACCAUAACCGGGGUACUUGUCCUUCCUAUGUGUGAUCACUGGAGGCCUGAAAAUUUGUGGAUCGGUUCCGCUUAUGGUUACUUGCAUUUAAAAUGUUUAAAGCUUAGGGACGUUAAAAAACUACAAUGGUCAAACACGAUGAUUAUACGCGCAUGUUGCCACUGAACACUGCCUUAGUUUGAGACACGCUCGCAAAACGAGUCGUCCUUCCCCGUGUUUGUAACAUCGGAGUUCUGUUGCUGGGCUUGAAAAAAACUUGAAUCCCAGCUUGUCCUUUGGGAAAGUCGCUCUCACAUCAUGCUUGCCUGAGGCCCCUUUUUCCUCGUCUUAGUUAAUGAUUUUGUUAGAGGACAACUUAUCUCGACCAGGAGCCUAUUACUAGUAAUCGGCUCCUGCCUGGAAGGCCUUGUCCAUGGGACAAGUAAGCUCGGACUAACUGACUGGACUUUUACCUAUAUUUACGGGUAACGACGAGCGACAAUUAUAUUAUUUAGUGAAUCUAGAUUCUAAUUCACUGAAAUGAUAAAUGAAGAAACAAGCUGUAGCCUCGAUCGUAACUAAAUGCGCUUUGACUUGAAAACUCUUCAGUAAAAUGGCUUAUUCCUGUUCUUCAGUUAAUCUCUGUUUCUGGUUUCCUUUGUUAUUUCAGGAUUUCUGGUGGAGCGGCCAGAGAGCGCGACAUUCACGCCUCAGUCAGCGAACAAAUGAAAAAGAAUUUUUACAAAGCAAAAUGGAAGGUAUGAUAUGGUGAUAUUUUGGGAUAGUACUCUCUUGAUUGAAAUAAAUAAACAUAUUAAUAACAAUUUUUUAUUAGUAGCUAGGAAACCUAAAUGAAACCACGGGACUUAGUAUAACAUUAAUACUCUUUAAUAAGCAGGUCUUCUGUAAUUAACUUGUCUCGCAAUAAGCCGUUUCUGGGUUGCCUCAAGCCUCUGUUUCAAAGCGAGGCUAAGUGCAAAACCAUUGAUAUGAAAAUGUAUUUUUUUCUUAUGUAAAUUAGCCCGCGAAAACAUCCGUUUCUCCUCGCUCUUCGCCGCUAGGGACGUUUCGCGCGGAGGAAUCGUUUCUGCGACUCAGCGACAGAAAUUCCAUACUGAUGACGCAAAAUGGAAUUUCUGCCGCUGAGGUCGCAGACGUUCCUCCGCGCGAAACGUCCCCAGCGGCGAAGAGCGAGGAGAAACGAAUGUUUUCACAGGCUAUAUGCAAAUAAAACAUAUUUUCACAACAAAGGUUUUGCACGUAGCCUCGUUUUAAACUGGAGAGGUUUUGGAGCUCAGAAACGGCCUAUUUUAUUUUUGACGAAUUUCUACUUCUUCCUUCCUCUUCCUCUCCCUUGGUCCCCCGUAGCCAGAGUGGGGACGACUAGGGGAGGGCCCUUUUUGGAGUGAUGUUAAAGCCAUUUUGAAAUAAAUCACUCGAUUACUUGUACUGUCUACUUAUUCUUGUUCGCUUUAUUCCUUUUUAUCUUACAGCAAGCGUUUAAUGCCACAGCUGCCAUGAACCGAUUGAAGAACCUUAAACUAGGCGCUGAUUCAGCUAGAGCGUCUGAAUCGAACAACAACGCCAAAAAAAUUUAACAAGUUGGUCUGAUCUAGGGACUGUAUUUUAUAUGAUAUAAAUCUUGAUAGAUCUUUUUUACAGUAUAGAAUUUCAGAGCAACCGCCAUGUUUUCUUGGCCCGGCCUAAGAAGCUCAUUAUUUUAGAACAUAGUCUUCCCCACCCCCUUACCCGUGGGAGGCGCUGGGGUGGGGGGGGUGGGGGGAAGAGACACAGUCUCUCUCCUCCGCUCCCCCAAUGGGUAAGGGGGAUGGAGACAGCUGACAUUUCAGACUAUUUGGAACACUGAGGUAGUGUUAUAAACCUGAGCUUAGGCUACUGGUCAAAA